UGAUUCCUUUUGUGUUGUCCGCCUUUCUGUUUUGAUUCCCAUCUUUAUUUCGAUUUUCUCUCUGUGCUGUCUUUCUUUUCAGUGCUGCCAAGUAUCCUUUGUUCGUUACUUCACUCUCCCGGUGGCGUCGGUGGCGACGGUUUGCUGGGACGUUAAUGACAGUACUAAAGAUCAAUGAUAAACAAUUCAAAGGGCCGGCUCAAGAUAUGGCUGAUCAAUGUGAUCUUCCAAAAACACCUAAGCACAAUAAAGCAGUUGAUAACACCCCCAUUGCUGGUGCAGUAAAAAGCAAAACUAUGCUAGACGAAAAUAAAAAAGUUGGCAAAGCCGACAAGGAAGGCAGUAGCAAAGAGUGUUUUGAGCAUUUAUACAAUAAAAAAGCUCCGCUUUGUCCAGUUACCAUAUUGGAAUUUAGACAAUACACUAAUGUUGAUGAUGUUGUCAGGGAUUUUUGCCAGCAAACUUACGGCAAAAACAGUAAAGUGUCUUUCGAGGAACAAAUGAAGCGUUUCUUUUUGUAUUUUUAUACUCACCCAAAACUUCGCACGGAACCACCACUAAAUCGCGUGCAAUUGAAAGGUAACUGCCCGGCGGAGAUGCAAUUAAAACUACUUGAUGAAAUAAAACGAAAGAAGAAAACAAAGUCCAUCAAAACAGUGACGGGAAGUGAACAACAUGACAGCUUACCGCUUAAUGAAAAACAUGGACAAGAAGACCAGGAGAAAGUUCCAGGUGGAAAAGAAAACGUGAUAGAAAAUCGCAAGAUGUUGUCUGGUAAUGUUGCCAAUUGCAAGCAUCAAAAUGAACAACAACAACAAUAUCCCAAAAGUGACCCUAAGAAAACAUCCGAAUUACACAUGCCAACAACACUUGUUCCUACAAUAGAUGGGUCUAUGGUUCGAAGCAAUCCAAUACCUGAUAAAGAAAUUGUACAUCAACAAUGCCGUGAAGUUGAAGAAUUGGGCGAUGGAGAAGAAAGACACACAAUAGAAUUGAAAUCUUAUAGUGGUAUGCAAACCAAUAUCCAGAAGACUACAAUUGAAUCCACAACGAAAACUUCUGUUGCCAUUGUUCCACCCAACACAUUGAAUAUUAAUGUUAAACCACAAUCCGUUUUAAAAGGCUGUGAUGUUCGUGUAAAUGAAAAUCCCAUCAAAAGACCAGCACAAAAUGUUUUUAAACAAAACGAUGAACCGACAACAUCAAAACGUCCAAAAGUUGAUGCAUUUACAGGUCAGCAGGAGGUAAAUGGCGAAAAUAGAAAUACACAUAUUAGCAAAGGUGGUAAAGAAAGCUGUGGGAAAAUUCUCUUUGAAAAUUUAUACAACAAAAAGGUCAAGCUAUGUCCCGUAACAAUAUCGGAAUUUCGAAAAUACACCAAUGUUGAUGCUGUAGUAAAGGAUUUCUGCCAACAAACCUAUGGCAAGGAUAGCAAAGUGUCUUUUGAUGAACAACUGAAACGUUUCUAUCUUUACUUUUAUACUCAUCCAAAACUUCGUUUGGAAGCACCUUUAGUUAGUGUAAAACUGGUGGACGAUUGCCCACCAGAAGUAAAAGCAAAACUACUGGAUGAAAUAAAACGAAAAAAGAAAACCAAAACAACCACCAACGAUGAUGGAUAUCUUCUAAGGAAUUCAUCAAAUGAAAAUCUAAUGCCACACAACGGCAGCAAACCGGAAACUCAAAUAAUAUCCAAAAAUAAUAGUGAUUCCAUGGAAAUUAAUAACAAUCAGACGGCCUCAAAUGAACAAAAUUCCGUUGGGGAAAAUCAAAAUUUUGUAUUUAGAAAUAUAUCAAACAGCUCUUCAAAGAAACAAACAUCUUUAAAUAAACAGGAGUUACUAGAAACAUGGCUAAAGACUACAACUGAAAUGCUAAUGCAACCGACAUUAGAUUCCUUGCAAAUAGAUUCGGAACAAACAAAUAAUGAAGUGAGCCGAGCUGGUCUGCAGCAAGGGUGUGCGUUUGAAAAUCCUCAAAACGAAAUGAGAAACACCAAAGAUACUCAAUUUAAAAAAAAUAUGUGUCAUAAUGUUGCUGAAGCUGAACUGAUUUCCCAUGAUCGCGGCAACCAAAAUUCCUCUGGCCACAAUGAAGAAAGAUUACCCAAUAACCGUGUUCAAAUUUUAGAUAAUGUGGUACUGCAUGAUCUCUAUCCGGUGGACCAAUUAAAUCAGACUAAUGUUUCGGAGAUAGUUUCCACACCAAUCAAUAAUCGAUGCCUUGGUUGUAAUAUUUCGCUGCAAGAAUUUGUUGGCGGCACCAAUAUUAUGCAAAUCUUAGAAAGUCGAUACGAAACAGUCAAUAUGGAAACCGUAUAUCAAGUAUAUGUACAAUUUCUUAAAGACGUCGAUUAUGAUGAUUUGUGGAAAUCAUCCAUGGUAAUGACAUUCAGACUGGUAGAAUUGUAUAAAACGUGUACAAAGCUUUGUGACCGAUGUAAACUUCUACAGGAUUCGACGUUAGAAAUCCAACCAGCCAUGACAGACAGGUUGCCCCAGAAUGAAGCUGGGUUUCAAGCGACCAAUCACACUGUGGAAAUGCAAGAUUUAAAUCGAAUACUUCUUAGAGUGUUGGGACAUAAAAGCCAAACUGUAAUUCAGCCGGUACAUGAAGAAAAUACAGCUCAACAAGUUGUGGAAGAGACUACAGCAAAUAAUAUUCAAUUUCGACACGGAACUGAGGAAAAUCAUGAGCCACUUGUGCCUGGAAAUGAGCCAAACAUUACUAAAGCUCAUCAAAGCGAAAUUAGCCCUCAAAUAUCUUCGAUAGGCACAGAAGCAACAGUUGUGCCCAACAAGAAACCCACUCGUACGGCAAAUAAACCCGGAGAUUCCGACCCCAAAUUCACUUUAGAGCAAAUCCUAACGAAAAUUCAAAGCAGUGAAAGGUGGUAUCAGAAAUUCAAAACCAAUCUAUUGGAAAAUCUUAAAAAUUGUCAAAGUGGUGCCAUCAAUGCUGUUAUGCCUGUAUCGUUGGAACAAUUUAAAAAGUGUUCACAUUAUGAAACACCAAUUCGGGACAAUCUUAAAAGCUAUUGUGGCAAUAAUUCGGAACUGCUAAACAAAUUAGAAAAUGAUUUGGACAUUUACCAAGAAGUAUUGUGUUGUUAUUACAAAUCAUAUUUUACCAUUCCAAAUUUUCGCCAUAAAUAUCCACUUAAACUCAAAUUAUGUCCGGCAUCGAUACGUAAGAAAAUGUUAAGUUUCCAGGUGAAGGGCACCAGCAGUUCGUAUGAUCUCAAUAACGAGAAUAUUUCUCCACCGAGUUCACCCAUGAAAGUUGUAAUAAAUGACGUUGUAAUGGACAAAUGCAAUAUGGCUAAUACGGAAUUCGAAAGUGCAAAUGAAUCACAGCCAACUCACAUAAUAUUGUCGAAUACAUGUUUAGAAGAUCAUAAUGGUAAAUCGAAACCAGUGGUGAAUUGGAAGACAAGCCCCCAGAAAACUCUUAAAAAGCCUCAAUUACAAUAUCAUGUAACUGCAGAUGGUCGAUAUGCAGAACCGAUUGCAAUUUUACUCGAAGAAACGACGCCUUCAAUAAACCAGCAGGAAACAGUUGCAAAGGAUCGCAAAGAAUAUGGUAUUAUUUCUGCUUUAUCUGUAGCCACACAAACCAGCAAUAGUCACUCUUCGGUACCCUGCGCCGUCAAUACUGCAGCAAUACCGGUGACAAAGGCAGCUAAAAAAGUUCAUUUCAAAACACCAACCUCAAAUGAGCCAGAAAAUGUCACCGGUUUGAAGGAGUAUCCAAAAGCAUCUCCACAUCCACCAACAAAACUGGAAGAGGAAGUAUUUUCCGCAACAACUUCGUCGAAUACAAUGGAAACUGUUACAGAGCUUGCAAAAUCUGCCAAUUCACCAAAAACAAAAUUAGCAGCGCCAGUCAAACAAAAAGAAGUCAUGCAAAAAAUGAAGCAAAAUGUUGAAAUAAUUUCAAACAUAGCCAAUUAUGAGAAAACUGUUGAAAAAACGUCCAAGCCAGACAAACAUUGUGGGCCCGCCAUGUCAUGCAAUUCCAAUGAAAAUGAAGCAGACAUUGAAAAACUCAUUGAAAAAGCUACAACAUCGACUGCCACAUUAAAUAGUAAAAGAACUGAAAAGCCUGCCACUUUACUGCCCGGUCACCAAAAUGCAGAUGAAAAGGUUGCUCCAAGUGAAUCGGAAAUUGCUACCUGCUCAAAUCCACAGAAGCCUGUAGAGGAAACAAAUCCCUCUAACACAGCAAUUAUAAAAACAGUGGAUAAAUUUAUCAAUAAAAACCAAGAUGCUGUUAUGCAAUCCAAAAAAAGCAGACAUCCUGCAAAAUCCACCACAACGAAAAAAGCUUUACAAAAUAAAAGAGCUUUCAUUUUUUUGCCUUCUAAAUAUCGCUCGAUAUUCAAUCGGAAAUCAGCUACAACUAAAAAUGAGGGCAGUACCACCAAAUCUUUGCCAUCAACUACAACUGUUUAUGAAAAUCUAUCACAACAACAACAACAAGAACUGACCCAAGCCAAUACCACUAUAUAUUCAGAUUCAUCAUUAGACGAAGAGCCGGCAAAUGAAUCACAGUGCAAAUUGAUGGCCAUUUUAAAGGAGCGUGAGACCUUCUCAUUGCGUUACAUGUCGCGGGUAUCCUGUGGCCUAAAGCAACGCAUCAUUGGCCUCAUAAAUAAUUUAAGUUUUGACGAAUUUCGUGGCACAAUAAAACUCUAUCAGGCACCGGAAAUAUGCGAAGACGACACUUCUGCAAACAAACUAUAUAAUUAUGUUCUGAAGGAGAAAUGUUUGUGGCCCAAAGGACUCUAUAUACCGGUCAAAGAUUUAUGUUUCCUGUUGAAAAAGAACUCAUUUACAAUACCCGAUACUGAUACAACUCUAUUGAAAUAUAUAUCACCGAGAUUUCUUCAUUGGAUCGAUCUUGUCUAUAGCACAACGUUUUUGGCCAAUGUACAUUUGUACUAUACACAUGUCAACAAUCAGUGUCUAAAUGCCACCGAUAACGAAGAGGUGGAAAAGGCAUGCCAAGCAUAUUACAAUGAAUGUUGGCAAAAGAACAGUUGGUGUUUAUCGGUACCAACAUUGAGCUUCGAUCUGUUGGGCAUUGUGCCGGUACAGCAGGCUGUACAAAAGGAGAAGAGAAACUCUAAUGAUUUGCAAGCAACGAAAUCAAAUACCUUUGAGCAAGAGAACAAUAAUUCGUCAAAGGAUAAACAAGGUGAGACAUUGACAGUAGUUACAGUUUCAUUGCAGCAAUUACGUGAAAUCACAUUGCCAGAGUGUAUAGAUGAAUCUGCUCGAUUGCCUGACAAUAGAAAUACCAAAUCAGUAGAAACAAAACGCGAUUUCAUACGCAACAGUUCUCCACUUUCCAUUCGAUGGAAUUCUUCUACCGACACUGUCUUGAGUUGUGUUGCCGCAGAUGUGGAACAGAAUGCCAAUAAUAAUCCACUAUUGGACCAGGCUAAUUUUGUUGAUAUCCCGCAAUCCACUCAAUUGGCAAGAGCCGAUACAACAAUGUUUUCCGAACUACCUAUUGAAGAGUUAAGUUCUGUUGGGGCAAGCCAAAAAAGUGAUCCACUUAAAGAUGCCAUGAACGAUGAUGAUGAUGGUGAAAGCUCCGAUGAUUGUUGUGUUAUACCCCCUAAAAAUAUCAAAACCGAACCUAUCGAAAAUCAUGCACUACGGAAUUUAUUAUUUACCCUCAGUGAUGAUGAGGAUACCAUUCAUUGUUCCAAGAUCAGUGAAGAAAUUGUCGAUUUAGAUUGUUCAACAGGAGGAUAUGCCAUUCCCGACGAUGCAAAUUUACCACCUUCCCAAAUUGAUUUCGAUGCUAGUAAUGAUGGCAGUGGUGUAACUGCAAAUUACCCCAACAAAUUACAGUCUAGUGCAGAGUGUUUAAGCAGUGGUGAUAGCAGUUCCAUAUUGAAUCCCGGUCAACGUUUACCCAGUAGUACGGGUAGUUUGAAUGAAGCACAAACUGAAGUGGUCCAUUUGCCAAGCAUAUUGGAACACGAUGUCAAUAUGAUGGGCGGCAGUGAAAGUGACAAUGGCAUACAAUUAACACCAUAUGCGGGUGUAAAGAUCAAAUCGAAAGCAUCCAAUCACACGGAGGAUGAUAAUGUGGAAGUAUCACAUAGUUUAAUGCAAAAUGCUCAACGAUUGCCCAGCUCGUUGGAAGAGACUGCAUUGGAAAAUAAUGAAAAAAUUGCAUUGCAACCCGUUCCCCAAUCAUCUAUGGUGAGGGCAAAUCAGGAACCCAUGGUGAGAAUACCUAUAACAGUUGUCACCGCAAAGAAAACGACACAAAAGAAAAUAACUGGCAGAUCCGAUUUGGUGCCACAGUUGACACAUAAUAUACGUCCCCUACCUAUUGUCCUGGGAAGAAAUACCAAUUUACAAGGACCACAGCGCAGGGCUUCACUCACAUGCAUAUUGGAACCAAAUGAGUUUGAACCCGGUCCCACAUCAACACAAAUCAACCCCACCUUACAUCCUCCAGUCAUUGCUACUGUCCAAGAUGAUCACAAUUUUGCCUUGCCUUCAAGUAGUGGCUCAUCGGCUGCCGCCAGUGGAACAAGUCUGAGAGUCUCUCAGGAAUUAUCGACAGAUAAGACUCUAUUUAAUAACACCUCAUUAUUAAGAGCUUUGGAUAAUGCCGGCAGAGCCCAAGAGUGUUUAGCCACAGAUUUGGAAACUCAACCCGCAUCAACAGCAAAACAACCCCUCAUUAAGAAAACCUAUUGUAAUAAAGGCAAACCGGUUUAGUUUUGUCUGUGCUUCUAUUUUUAUAUAAAAAAUUAAUCGUUAUUUAGAAUAGACUGAAUUUUUCUUGAAUUUUAAUUAAAUAAUGUUGUAACAUUAAUAAAUAUAUAUUUUUUCUAUAAUUUUCUUAAA